AUGGAAAACUUUGAUCAAAAUUUUAAAACAGAUGAUAGAAAUUUGCAACUUUCCUAGUUAGUUUUAUAAUAAAAAAGAGAAAAAAUCAUUUUACAAAAAAAAAUAUAAGGUUUAGAGAAAUAAAAUAAGUAUUUAUACAAUUUGAUUAGAAUUUUGUCUGAUCAAAUGGAAUCCUAUAAAAAUGAAAAAGAAGAAUAGUCUACUUAAAUAACAUAACUUAAAGAAUACAUAGCUAAAUAAGAUUCUGUGACAACUAAAUUAAAUGAAUUAAUGUAACUAAUUUAUUAUAAUGAAGUAAAAAGUUAUUAUAAAGAGAUGAUGAAAAUUAAUAAUAUGAUAAUUCAUUAAGUGCUCCUAAAACUGAAGCAAAAUCUAAUAAAUAUGAUAAUUAAGAAAGAAAAAAAAAAGAUAAAUAGUAAUCAUAUUAAUAAUAUUAUAGAUAUUUAGAAGAAUAAUAAAAAUUGGAUCUCAAUGAACAAAUUAUUGCAUAAUAUAAAAAAUAUUCUCUUAAAGAUCAAUCAAUAUCAAGUAAACUUCCUCCAAUUGAAGAUACAAAGAAUAAACCUGUUAUUGUAUAAGUACCAAAAAGUUAAUUAAAGAAAAUUAAUCCAUAAUUUUUAAUUGAAUAAAUGCAAAAAGAAUGA